AUGAUAGAUGAUGAUGAUGAUGAUGAUUGUGAUGAAGAUUAUUCAAAUGAUGGUAGCCGUGGCGGUAGUGAUGGUGACGAUGAUGAAUAUUAUGAUGAUGAUGAUGAAGGUAAUGUUGGUCCUUGUGGUAUUAAUGGUGAUAAUUUUAAUAAUGAUGGUGGUGAAGAUGAUAGCGAUGAUGAUGUAACGAUGAUGAUAGUAUUAAUGAUGAUGAUGGUGGUGAUGACGACGACGACGAUGAUAGUGGCACGUGGUGAUGAAGAUGGUGGUAAAGAUGAUGAUGACGACGAUGACGAUGAUGAUGAUAGUGGAAAUGAUGAGGUGAUGAUGAUAGUUAUAACGGAAUAA